CCUCUGUCGGGCUUUUUCUAUGACAUCACAUCCAACAUGGCGAGCAGCCGGGAGUGGGUGAGGGAGGUCCAGGAGGAGGCGAGGCGCGCUCCGACCGCAAACCUCGACUUCUGCCCUCACAAAUACUCCCUGCUCAUCAUUAUUGGACGCACCGCGCGCCCCAGACGCACGGAACACGUCAGCGGGGAGAUCGAACGAGGUAUUCGCUCAUGGGACGUGGAUUUAAAAUCCUGUAACUUGAACCUCUACCUGCAAGAGUUCCUCUCCCAUCACACGGUAUCUUUCAAGGGCUCAGGACAGAAGAAUUUGCGACACUGUACAAAAGUUUUGGACAUCCAGGUGCUGAUCAGUCCGACUCAAGAACAGGCUUGUUCAGAGGUGUUUGCUCUGCUGUCCAGGGAGUCGGCUCAUAAGCUGUUGAUCUUGGCAGGCCUGACGGCGGAGGAAAGUGGAGAUCUACUGUUUCACAAAGGGCGGUUUUCAGCACGUCAACUGACACAAAUACUGACAGAGCAGCUGCUGGAUCUGGAGAGCUCUGGCUCCUCACAUCUGCACUCAAAAAUCAGUCUGACCUUCAGCUGUCCAAAUGUUGGCCAGUGGAAGAAAACUCUUUUAGCAAACCCAUCUCUUCAGGGUCCCAUCACGCUCCGCAUCAACCCCCCAGAGGUUCUGCCUGCCAUGGAGUCUCUCCAGGGAUUCACAUCCCUCAUCUCUAGCACCCUUUGCCCUGCGUCCUCCUUUGACCUGCUGCCGCCUCCCUCCUCUGUGGGGUUCCUAAAGCUGUCCCGCCCCUGUUGUUAUGUGUUCCCCGCUGGCUGCGGGGACUGUGCGUUCUUUGCCAUUAACGGGUUCACGGUGCUGGUGGACGGGGGGUCAGACUCUCAAGCCUGUUUCUGGAAGCUGGUCCGUCACCUCGACCGAGUGGAUGCAGUUUUACUGACUCAUACUGGGACAGAAAACCUCCCAGGAGUCAUUUCCUUUCUGCAGAGGAAAGUAGGAGAGAAAGAACUGACCUCUGAACUAAAAGAAGACUCUUCUAAAAAGCUCAUCUCCCCAGAGCUUGGAGUUCUGUUCUUCAACGCCCCCAGCAGGUUGCAGGAGGAACAGCAAUGUGUGGAUGAUGUUUUAAAGAGCACACAGCAAGCAGCACUGACCCUGCAGCUGCUAAAUAAGUUAGACAUCAAACCUCAGCCGAUGUUUCGACCACAAGGAGUCCCAAUUAAGCCCCUGACACUUUUCCAGAAAAUGGGAGUGGGACAGCUUGAUUUAUACAUCCUGAGUCCAGGCAAAAACAGUCCGGAGUACGAGACAUUCAUGCACAGCUGGCCAGAUGGAGCACCUUUGAAAGGCCAGAAUCUCCCCCUUCCGGUUCUCGCAUCUGUGACCGCUUUGUUAGUGUGGCACCCAGCAUGCCCUCAUGAGAAAGUGGUGAGGGUGCUAUUCCCAGGCGUGACUCCCCAGGAGAAACUGCUGCAGGGCCUAGAGAAGCUUAAGGGGCUAGACUUCCUCCAGUCGCCCACUGUGACCACCGGAGACUUGGAAAGACUGGGAGAGGACAGGAAGAAACAAAGGACAGAAAGUGUGGACAGUUGCAAGUCAAAAGAAAAAGAGGGGACAAAUAAACAGGGGAAAGAACGAGGAGUUAGAGAAGAGGGAAAGGAUGCAUUGUUAAAGGAAAAGGCAAAGACAUUGAAUGGAUCUGGCUCAAGAGAUCAAACCACUAAAAAGGAGACAGGACUGAAGCAUAAAGCAUCAUUUUCAGAGAAAAACUCUGCAAAGAAAGGAGUAGAUUGGAAAAAAGAGGAAAAGACAGGAAGUAGAGAGGAGAACAACUUUCUAAGAAAAAAUCAGACGAAAAAGGAUCCAGUUUCAUCCAAACCAAAGAAUGAAAAUAAAACAAAAAUUAAGAAGGAAACAACAAAUGACUCCAAAACAGGAGAAAAGAGGUUAAGAAAAUCAUUCGGAAAGGAAUUAAACGAGAGCAAAAAAGAAAAUCGAAACUCUGAGAUGCCAAAUAACUCAGCAAAACCCACCGCUGUGGCUAAAAUUCCAGAGUCUGAGAACAGUGAGCUGCAGAAAGAAAAAAAAGUUGAGAAAAAGCAAAUUGGCUCCAAAAUGUCGACACCUGAAGAUAUGACACGCGAUUUUCUCCAGCUUGAGGAGGAGAGUAAACUUAAGAAGGCUGAAGCUUCAAAUGGUGACAGAAAGAGAAGCAGUGAGUCAGAAAAGGAAAAGAGCCCCAAAGGCUUGAACAGAGAAAUGUGCAAUGAAACGGCUGGAAGAUCGGAAGAGGAAGCAGGUGCUUUAGGGGUGAUGGCUGCAGAGUUUCCACAAAAGAGUAAACAACAACCAACAAAUGAAGGGGUGGAAAUAAACUCCCAGAAAAACCUUUUUCAUGAGCCUGAAAGUUCCAGAAAACAAGCUAAAGUUGUUGGAUUUCCUUCUCCUUUUAAUAAAACGCCAAAAACAGAGUGUAUAGUUGAGCAAGAUUUAACCCCAACUGAGUACACUCUACUGGACGGGGCUUUGAGAAACACCCCACCCUCACAGUCCUCUCCAGAGAACCAGGGUCCCAACAGCCAUGAGGAACAGACAGUCGAGCAAACGUCCCCCGAUUCACGGCCCAACAGCGCCGGCCACACUCCUUACUGUUUGUCUCCGGAUGAUGUGUGGUGCAACCGAGCAACUCAACUUAGCCGGCUUCAAGACCGGAUGAAUGACCCCGAUGUAGCCGAUCCAGUUUUAUGCCAAAAAAGGGAGGAGCAACUUCCCCAGUCCCCAGAAAACCCCACAAAAACGAAAGACAAGCAUCUAAGCUUCCUUCCUUUGGGCACAUUUAAAGAGGGAUCUUCAGAUCCUUCUCCUUCCAUGGCCACCACAACCACUACACAUUCGAUGCCGGCCGAGGUGAGCUCACCUCAAUCCACAGAAGUGGAUGAAUCUCUGUCCAUGUCAUUCGAGCAGGGAGCAAGCACUGUCAGCCAGAGAGAAGGAGAUGACAGUGUUCAUCACUCAAAUGGAGGCCACCUUUCAGGGUUGUCCUUACCGGUGAAGAAGCCACCACGGUCUUUAGGGCAGACCCCUGAGAUGGGGCGACCUCCUGCACCUAACACACUCCUUUUAGAGGGUUCCUCUCACGAUGUUGACUUGUGUUUGGUUUCUCCGUGCGAGUUUAAGCACUUCAAGCAUCCCGAGUCAGGUGCCGGCGAGGCCUCCAAAGGAAGCCCCGCUCCACACCAACACUCCAUCAACAACAAGAGCAAGAAGGACAAUUCACAGAGUGAAUCAAAUGCUCCUGUCUGCACUGAAGACUGCCCAUCCACCACAGCUGAUGGAGCUCUGGACUCGGAUGAGGAGGAGUCGUGUAGUGAGGCGUCUAACUCUCCCCACGACCUCCACAACAGUCAGGGUCUGCCUGCAGACCCCCUUCCUGCCCCACUCAGAGACAGUCCACCCUUACCUCCAAAUCCCGACGCCUCCAUGCCAGUUCCUCAGUCUGACCUCAAUGUUCAAGGGAAGAAAUCAAAAGCCACUGGGACACGGGGCAAGAAACUGCAGGGGGUUAUUGAUGGACCCCAGAAAUUAGGCUCAGGAAAAAGCAGGACCGUGAGUGGAGUGACAAAGGGAAACGCCUCUUCAGCUCGGACAGCACCGGCAAAAGCUUCAGCUGGUUCAGCCUCAAAGCCCAACUCCAGUGGAGACGUCAGUGUGUAUGUGGAUCUGGCCUAUAUUCCCUCCGGAGCCUCCGCCCCAACAGUCACUGUGGACUUCUUCAGGUGUGUUCGCUCUUCCUGCUACAUCGUCAGUGGAAACAGUCCUGAGCGAGAGGAGCUAAUGAGGCAGACGCUGGACGCUCUACUGGACGGCAAGUCUUCAUGGCUUGAUGCUGUGCAGGUGACGCUGAUACCAACCUUUGAGUCGGCGUCGAUGCAGGAGUGGUACCAGCACACCUUGGACAGACAGCGGGAGCUGAACGUCACAGUUCUGGGAUCCAACAGCACCGUCGCCAUGCAGGAUGAGACCUUCCCCGCCUGCAAGAUAGAGUUCUGAGAAAAAUGCUUUCAAAUCAAGACAAAUAAACUAAAGGAUUAAAAGAAAAUGAUGCCACAGGGAAAAGUAAAACCCUUGCAUGCAUGUAGGUAAAAGAUGGGAUGAAUAUCGGGGGAUUUGUCAGUCCUACAUGCAAAUAACCUCUUUGUUUUGCACUUUAUUUUGUUCUUUCACUGUUUCUUAUUAGUGAAAGGGACUAUGCGUGUUAAUUUUUUAAUUGAUUUAGAUUUGGGACCAUGAUCCUGUAUUAAACAGGUGAGGAGUCCACAUUGAUGUCCUUUCAGCCUCCAAGGAGUCCUUUGAAAGCGGAUACUUGGAUCAUUCAGGAUACCAUCCAUGGAGUUAACAUUGUGUGCAUUGGAACAAGGCAAUCAUCUGUGCUACACAAGUCAGCACAUUUUGCUGCUUAAUGCAACAUUUCUCCAUCAGUUUGAAGAUCAAAUUAAAAAAAACAACACUUU